AAAAAUUCCUGAAAUAAAAACAAAGAACAUAAAAGGAAAAUUUAUUAAAAAAUUGUAUUAAGAUUGAAGCAUUUUCAAGAAGUGUGUCGCGUUCAAGUUUUGUUCAGACUUCGCGAUAUUACGAUAUGCUCUUUCAGAUGUAUAUGUAUGUAUGUGUAAAGUAACUGAAAAAUAAAUGCUUAUCUUAUGCAAAAAUAUUACAACUUUCAUUCUUAGUGUCUCGUCUAAGUUGUGAAUUUCAUUUUGUUUGAUUUGUGAGCAAAUAUUUUUCAUUAAGUAACAUAUAAAAGUAUAUAGAAAAAAAAUUAAGUAAGGUUAAUUUACUGUUGAAUAGUUUGCCACAACUUCUAUCAACCACAUUUUAACUUCUUAGCAAUACGUACGAAACGUCACUGAUUCCACCAGCCACACAAAUCAUAAACUUUAUGAUUUGUUGUCCCAAAGGGUUUUUUUGCUGUCAACAGUCAACAGCAGUUGGAAAAAGCCGCCUAUUAAAUAGAAAAUAAAAGGAAGAAAAUUCCAUUAAAAUUAAUAAAAAAUUAACUGUGGCAAACUUCGCGGAAAGCAAGUCUUAGAAUGAAAGUCGUAAAUACCGCAUAAAUAAAUAUUAAGUAAACACCUGCAACUGUCUUUCAUAAGUUGCAAAGAAAAGAACGAAACAAACAUAUGCAUAGACGAAAUUAAGUGUAAACUGAACAAAUCGUAACUUAGUAAAUAUUUACGUACGUAACCACCUUGCAAUAACGUCCUUCAAACUAUAAAUAAAUUAAAUAAAUCAAUAAAACUAAACGCAUUGACUUUCUUCCAACAAACAAACCAUUGCAGCAAAGAACUCUUAGCGAACCUAGGGAGGAGAUUUAGGAGAGUAACGAAGUUAAGCAACAACAUUUAUUUUCUUUUGCAUCAUGUUGUUCAUAAGAUACCGAGGGCAUCGAGAGCAUUUCAAGAAAAUGCAAAAUCACCCACAACAACAUUUUUCUGCGCACAGCAUAGCAUUGCUAUUGAUCCUUAUGUGCUGGCUUCCGGGUUUUAUUACGGCUUUAAAGGAUGUUUCGGUAACGAUACCACAAGCUGUUAAACGUGGCAGUAAUGCUUUGCUUACCUGUAAUUACGAUAUGGAAAAUGAUACUUUAUAUUCGGUAAAAUGGUAUAAAGGACGACGUGAAUUUUAUCGUUACACACCAAAGGAAAAUCCGGCUAUGAAAGUUUUCCCCAGUCAGAGCGGUCUAAAUGUGGAGCGCAAUCUUUCCAAUCAAAGUCAUGUGGUUUUGCUGGCUGUACCUUUGAAUAUAUCUGGAAAAUUUACUUGUGAAAUAUCCGUGGAAGCGCCAUCAUUUCAAACGGCUAUGAUUUCCGGUGAAAUGGAGGUUGUGGAAUUACCGAUUGAACAGGCCAGUGUGACGGGUAUACAGCCACGUUAUCGUAUCGGUGAUUUGGUUGACGGCAAUUGCUCAAUUAAAUACUCUAAACCAGCUGCUAAUUUGACGUGGACUAUUAACGGUGUUGUGGUACCGCCCCAUCAUAUUAAAACCUAUCAAAUAGAAAAAUAUGAUGACAACAAUUUGGAAUCAGUUAUGAGUGCGGUACAUUUUAUGGUUACCACACAGCAUUUUGUGAAAGGACAAAUGCGUUUGAAAUGCACCGCAAUCAUUUUUGAUAUAUUUAAAGAAGAAAUUGAAAGUAUUAUCGAAGAAGAUCGACCACGUAUUAUGGCAUCCGGACGAUCAUACGAUGUGCACAAUUAUCCCUACGAUCCGCAUGGUCACGGUGAAGGCGGUUAUGAGGAUCACAAUGAAUCAUAUCUGACGUACUAUUCAGCUGCUGAUAUUAGUUCCUCGGCUACUGCUUCUGCUACACUUGUUACGACGAACUUUUAUAAAAACUACCUCCAACAGCAUGCGCAACAAAUUUGCAAUAAAUUUUAUACACUAUUGACACAUUCAACAAAAGCUCAUCAAAUGUUAACGACAUUUGUCAUUAAUCUAAGCGACAUGAUAAUGAUGAUGAUAAUGUUGGUAACAAAAAGCAUUUGGUAUCCAUUGACGAUUACAAUGAUCAUAGUCAUUAUGCGGGGGGUUUUAGCGAAUUUACACGAAAUGCACAAAUCCAAAGAAAUCACUCAACAAAGCGAUUAUCGAAAAACAAGAACAACCUAUGAAAAACUGCAGAAUAGCAAUCGUCGUAGUCGUCAUCGGCAAACACAUUCGAAAGAAAAUCAGCAAACUUAUCGACAAGUUAGUUUAGUGGCAAAUCAAAAUGUCAUCAAUGAGUUUGCUUGCAAACUAAAAACUGCACUCAAAGCUGUUAUUAACACGGUGAACAUUGAUUGCCAACAACUGUCACAAACAUUUGCUAUCGCCGCUGCUGCUGCUACUUCUACUACCGUCACAAUUACAACCUUAAUUUCUUCACUGCUUAUAGACACAAGCAAACGACAGAGCGAUGAUUACACUGUUGAUGAUGAUAGUUAUGCAACACUAACCAAUCCUGCUUCGACAACUGCUACUGCUGCCGCUCUUACACUUCCAACUGAUGAUGUUGAUAUUAUUGAUAGCGAUGAGAAAGCAUCUAAAAGCAAUAACGCCAACUCUAUUUCGAAGGAUCAAAGAUUAUUGAUGACUGCUGUUAUACAAUACUAUAACGUAUUUCAGAAGAAUGCCACAUCAACAGAAGCAACAACAACAACACAAAUUGCAUCAUCUGCAAAUCGUAACGAUUCAACGCCUUCCAUUGUUACUAAUUUUACUAAUACUGAUGCAAACGUGUCUUUAAAUGCUCAUCUAAUGGCUUUCAUGGCUCAAUUAUUAUUGAAUCGCUGCUGAUGUUAAAAACAAGAAAGAAAAAAAAACUUAUUGAUGAAUGUUGCAACUUCUUAAUAUGUAUACAAUUAUAUAUACAAGCAAACACUGUUUAAUUACACACAUACAUAAACACACAUAUACGAAAACUUUAGCCUAAAUAUUUAUACGAAAUUUAUAUGUAAGAUGGCAAAGAAAAAAAAAAAGGUGAAGAAAUACGACAGGAAACAGCAUUAGCGUGUGAGUUGUGAAUUACUUGAAUCUUCACGUGUGCGAAAACAAAAUAAUAGUAUUGUAAUAAUGAUAAUGAUAAGUAUAAUAAAAAUAUAAAUUCGACAAAAAAAACGUUGUAGUGGUUGUAAGUGUUGAAAAGAAAAAAGAAAAUUAUACACAUAUUAAAUAUUUUUUAAGAAAAAUAAAUAAAUUUCUGUUAAAUGUUACUACUUUUUGUGUUAAAGGUUGAAAAAAAAAUACGAAACGUACAAUUAUAUAAAAUAAAACGAAGAAGAGUGAAACUAAACAAAAAAAAAAGAAAAGCUAAAACUAAAACAAACAAAUUAAAAAUCGACAUAUAUAAAUGAUAUAGCAAAAGUGAGGUUAUGUUCAAUCUGAUUCGAAUACUUUCCACUUCACGAUUCACAUGGCUUCUUCCGAGUCGUAUCUAUGAAGCGAUUAGGUUAUUAUGCAUUUUUAUUCGAUCCUUUGGAAUUACGAAAGUUUAAAGCUUUAUUAUUUUAUAUGAACCGUUUAAUUUAAAAGUUUCUUAAAUCCAUCUUUUAAUAGCUACCGUUCAGUUUCGAUCUUAUAAAUUCACCUACAAAAGCAAUGUUUUUUUGUGUUCUUCCGUUUCUGCUAGGAGCUUCCAUGAAAUUAAGACACCGACUGUCUGUUUGAGACAAUUAUGAAAACUUUGAUAGUUUUGAUAAUCUUCAAUAUUUACUUGAAUCGAUUUCCUUGCAAGAAAAAGUAAAAAAGAAAUGCGGUCAAUUUGCAAAGUGCCCCUCACUCGAUGACGUUUAUUAAGACGCCUUAAAGCGGUAGAUAUGAAAAGCAUAAAUUAAAAAGGCGCAAAUAAUCCAAAUUCGAAACUUUCGUUCCUAUCAAAUCAAUGUUUUGGUAGAAGCUCGAACUUUCAAACCAUUCGCCAAAUUUUCUAAUAGUUAUAUUACGUACGACGUUAAAAGGAACCUCUUGUUUGUCAUGAUGCUUAACUAACAUAACUUGAAGAAGUAUGCAUCAGUUAUGUCUGUUAAUUGUUGCUCUAUCAAUGGCCGCAUAAACUCAAGCGUAUAAAGCAAUUUUUACUACCGAUAUUGACAGUUCAGAAUUGAAAUUAAGUCAGAGGCAACGAAAAUUAUAUACGUAGCUUUCCUGUAAUAUCCAGAGAAUUUUAUCUACUAACUAAGGUGAAGAAAAGACAUUUGAUGAGCCAUAGUGCGCCUAAGUAAUAACGACUUUGUGAAACACAGGGCAAACAAUAUUCAUUUAUUUGAAACUCGACUGCGUUAUAAAUCUCCCACAAUCUAGCAAAAUCAAAUAUAAUUUCUCGCAUUAUCUAUCGAGGUGUUCUGUGCCAUAAGUAACGCAAAAUAAUUAUAACUGCAGGCAGGCAACGCCAAUAAAUAGGUACCUAUGCCACUUUGCUGAAGCCACUUGGCCAAACCCAAGCGCAAUUCUCAUGGGCUUGCAUGGAGGGCGAACUAAGAAAGUAGACCAACUUGGCCCAAAUUUAGCACGGUAAAUUUGUAUAUGAAUCGAGUAGACUAAUCUCCAUUACAAAAUGCUAUAACUUGUAUCUUGGAUUGGAUCAUUGAAGUUUAUUUUUACAAAAACAUGGCCGGGGCAGUGGGUUCAAACAAUUGUCCCAUCCCAUUUAAAUUUUUCUCAUUUUCUAAAACCUUGCAUUGUCUCUGUUUUUUUUUUUUUU